AACAACCGAAUAUGGUCGGUCAUUCAUUACAUUAUAUCGGCCAGGAUUUUAGAGGCUUUUGUGGUUUUUUAAUGUUCGAUAAGAAAAAAUAAACUUUGUGGUUUGGAUAUGAGGUUUUUGAUUUGAUUUCGAUUUUGCUGCAACUGACGGAUUUAUUCUCGUAUUUUAAUUUUUUUGUUGAUAAGUUAAAUUGAUCAUUCACUGAUGUAGAAGUGUUCUGGAAUUAAAGUACAGCACAAAAAGGAGCAUUAUGUGGAAUCUUUUAUUUUUCGAUUUUGGAUUUAGUUAGCAGAUCUGCUUUCUUACACAUCCAGUGUAAAAUUACACAAUGCAAAGAAUGGACAGAUCAGCGCCACCCAUUCAGAGGGUAAAUACGAUAAAUCGACCAGUACCCGCUUCAAGGCAAAUGCAGCGAGCAAGUCCAGUUACCCGGCCCACAAUUUCCUCUAUGCAGAAAUUUGGAACCUCAUCAGCUAGCAAGGAAUUAAAGGACAUCCUUGAAAGGAAGAUUGAGGACUUGAGUCGACAGUUGGCCGAGGAAAGACAGUCAGCACGGCAGAGCAAAAUGGCGGUAGCGCGUCUCCAACGGGAAAUUACACGGUCAAAAUCACACGAGAGGCAUCAUGGGAAGGAGCAGCUCUCCAAAGAGCUUGAGAAUGAGAAAAUGUAUCGUGUAGAAGCUGAGCGGAGACUUCAGGAAAUGACGCGGGAAAGCGAGAAUUGUCAUUCCAGGCUCGAGUGUCUGCAGGGUGAAUUCAAGAAAAUGGAGGGUAUGGUACAUGAAAUGAUUCAGUAUAAAAGCAAGAUUGACCAAUUGAAGCAAGAAAAGUCCAGCCUGUCCACCACUUAUGAGGCAAAUAUAGACAAGUUUAAGAGCCAUAUCACAGGCCUGGAGAGGGAGAAUAUGAUGCUGCUUAAUGAAGUCAAAAAGCUCGAAUCUCAGAUGAGCCAUAAAACAGAUGGAAGGGAUCGUUACAAACUUCUUCUUGAACGGUUACGCAUGGUGGAGGGAGAAAAUUCUUCACUUGUGCUCGAAAACGAACAGCAGAGGGGACAGUAUGAGAAAUGUCUGGAUGAAAUAGCCAAUCAGGUUGUCCAAGCACUGCUGGCACAGAAGAUGUUGCGGGAAGAAUGUUUGAAGCUGCAGGAUCGCGUACAGGACCUCGAACAUCAUAACAGACAACUCUGUACGGCCUUCCAACAACGUAUAAAACUUAUGGCAGAAGGAAACGCUCAGGAUGGCAGUGUGUAUAUAGAAGGCAGUAUGGAGUCCCUACAUAGCAUGUUUAGUGAACAGACUGCUGACAAUUUAGCCGGGAUUCCCCAGAUGAGUUCUCCUCCGUUGUGGCUGAAGGAGCGGUUGCCAGGCGACAGGCAAAGUAUUGUGUCAUUCAGUGGUAGUAUCACAUCAACUCCAGACGUGGAUUUUGACUUGUCACCAGAACCAGGCGAAUUCCGGUGCCGUACGGAAAUACAAACCGAGUUUCCCGCUACACCUUCUAGUCCGAAAUCAAAACAUGUAAGCUUUGUAGAAAGAAAGAGUGAAACUAAACGAAGCUCAUCAACAUCAUCUUUAGUUACGCCAAAAUGUGGACCAAGUCGACAACGAACACGAUCUACCUCUUCCCUCAGUCGUGCACGUGGACUGAGCCUUAUUUCACCUCAGACUGUGUCUAAAUCACAUGAAUCAGGAAUUCAAAAUACAGCGACCAAUGAACAAUCAGGUUUAAAUCAGGGUGUGGCUGUUUCAGCCAAUCAGAAAAGCUCAAAAAAGACUUCGACCAAUCCGAACUGUAUUACAAAAAUCAGAGUGCCUUUAAACCAAUCACAUCCAUCCAUUGCAAAUAAUUCGUCUCAGGGACAAAUGUCUCAGUCAUCUUCAAAAAUUCCAACGUUGCCGAGUGGAAAAACAAAAGAUGACGUGCAAGUGAGAAGAAAUUCGUUGAAAGCAGAAUACAGUAUUAGAAUGGGCUGUCAGUCCCCAGCAGCACGUAACAGUCCAUCGCCAAAUCCAAACUCUAAACCUCCACAACCAAGGACGUCUUCUCAUGGUUCAAGGUCAUCUUCAGUAUCUUCUGGAGGUCAAGGUCAUUCAAGGUCACCCUCAGCGACCUCUGGAAGAUCACAAUCAUCAGGGUCUAAAAUUCCAACUGUUUCGAAAAUCAGUGUACAGUCAACUUCAAAAUCAUCUUCUGCUUCCACAGGAAGUAAACAGAAAACAGGAAAUGAUAAACAGACAACAGGUGCUUUGACAAAAUUAGUCCCGCCUAAAUCUCCCAACUUGAGGUAUUCAGGCAUACGUACAACAUUAAAAACAGAUAAUAAAACUGUUCAAAAAUCUGAAACCUCUGGUGCUAAUAAUAAAACUAAUACAACCGUGUCUCAGUCCAGUACAAGUGCUAAUCUGAAAACAGUUUAUUCAAUAAGUCCAAUUACAUCAUCGAAAAUCAGUGACGCUAAAAAGUCGGAAACGAAAAAGCCCGCAAUUCCUGUGCAUGGAAAUAAACCUGUGAACCAUCGUGCAGAAUCCCAUUUUCCGAUAAUGGGGCUUACCACACUAAACCAAACAAGUCCAAAAAACGAUGAAACCUCUAAUGUUUAUGCAAAUGUAUCCCAAGUGCCAAGUACUUUUUCUUCGGUUUUAACGAGAACUGAACAGGUUCACCAAAAUGGUGACCAAACUGACAGCAAUACUUUAACUCGCGGCCAGUAUUUUUAUGAUUAUAGUGAUGAAGAUAGUGACUUUAGAGAGGCGGAUUUAAAACGGCCAGUUUCUACAGACUUUAGUGCUGCAUCAACAAUUUCAUUAGAUGAACUAUUAGAUCGAACUUUAGAAAAUACAGGCACGCCAGUGGAUAGUGAUUUUAGCUCGGGAUUUUUUUUAUACCCUCCGCAGAAAGUGACUGAAAAUAAACCAGGUGCUAAUAUAUGUGGUGUUUCAAACAGUGAAAAUGUAAAUCAACAUACUAACUUCACAAAAAGUGACAAUUCGGAAAAAUUAUUUAAUUCUCAGAAUAAUGCAGAGUUUACGGAAAAGGAAAUUGAAACUAAAAAUAGACUUAUGGGAAAACCGGAUAUUGUUCAGGAUACAGAAGAGUGUGAACAGCGACUAAUGCAGCAGAGUCUGACAUUAUCUGAAAUCCCUGGAUCAUCGAUGCCAGGAUAUCGUGCUAAACGACCCAAGUCUCUUAUUCUAGGAGCAAAAGAAAAGAAGUUUUUAUAUUGUGAAUAUGGUUCUUCGUCAAGUUCGGAUACUUCCGAUGAAGAGCGGAGGUACAAAGUUUCUUACGCUAAGAAUGUGAAACAACAGGAGAUUCAGUCAAUGGUUGCCAAAAGUGUGAAAGCUGGGGAAGCAAAAGUGAUUGAAUCACCAAAGUCUUCCGGUUCAAAUAAAGAUUCUAAUUUAAAUAAAUCCAAAACUGAUUCUAGUGAUACAAAAAAGACAAAAACGUCUCAGUUACCGAAACCCGGUGUUGUAAAAAAGCCGUCCAGGAUUCCGCCACCAGUGGCGAGUAAGCCAUCGCAUAAAGUUUCUGUAGAUCCUAAAGCAGACGCAAGAAUACCAAGACCUAAAUCUGUUGAAAUUUGUGUGAAUACUGCAGCAUUAUCGUCCAUUAAUUCCAAAACUUGUUAUCCCUUUUUACAUGAUGCAGGGUCUACUGAUUUUUCAAAAUCAGAAUCUGAAACUUGCCUUAUUAAAAAUUAUGACAAAAGUGAAAAUUCUGAAAUGAUGUCCACCACAACCUUUGACGAUGUCAAGGUUGAAAGGUCAGGAAGUAAAGACGAUGGCUAUUCUACAAUGUCCAGUGAUAUUCAACCAGAAAAUCUUGAAAAAUACUCAGACGCAUUUGAAAGUUCGACGAACAGCAAUGAAGCGAGAAAUUCAAAUUUAAGUCUCAGUUCACAAAAUUCAUAUUCAAGUGAAGAUCGUUUAAGUGGCCAUGGUUCUCUAGGUCGAGUAAAAGCUAUGAAAAUGAAAUUUGAAAUUGAGAACCAGAAAUCACCAGAAUCUUCUCCAACAAAAUCUCCACCAGUCUCGCCAAAAAGAUCGUUACUAAAAUCUCCAAAAUCUUUGCCAGACAGACCAACAACUAAACAGUUAGAAAACUCAGCUUCAGAAGCAUCUACCAAUGCAUCUCAGAUGAGUAAAAUUCCAAAACCGAAAGGUACGCAGAUAAGUCAAAUUAAACCAAAGAGUGCAAUACCCUUGCCUAAAACGUCUUCUACAAGUGCCAAAAAAGACCAUGUGAUAACGAAAGUUGAAGUGAAUAUUCAACCUCCGCAGAAAAAAAUUACGAAAGAAACUGUUGAACAAGUAACUGUCCAGUCACACGCAGUUGAAAGUUCUUCAUUUUCGGUUAAAAGUUCACCGAUAGUCACAGUGCCUCAGAAUGCAAUUAAUACUCAAAAAUUCUUAAUUAAUAAAAGUAGCAAUCAGUCAUAUACACAACAAAAUUCCAUGACGAAAAAAGUUGUCGAAGAGUUUAAUCAGCUGACCUACUUCCCACCAGCAUUUGAUAAAAUGGAGAUUUUGGUUGAAGGGUAUGAUAGCAAUAGCUCACUGUCAGAUCGAGGCUCUGAUUUAACAUCACUUCAUAUUUCUGAGGACAAUAUUCUGUCGGACAUCCCUGAAGAGAAGGAUGGUUAUGAAAGCUCUGUAGGAAUACGGAGCGAAAAUACGUCAGUUUCGUCACUUCCUGCAAUAAACGUGAAAAAACAGUCUCAGCAGAUGACACACACGGUCCAUUCCCAUCAUGCAUCUGCAAAAUUUCAGUUCUCAACAACCUUGAAACGUCACUGGUCAUCGUACCAGGGACUUGUUCGAGCUGUUUGGAAUUCUGAUUACGAGAAACAAAAACGAGCGCGGCAGACGGCAGAUUAUGAAGAGUUAUAUGGAGGCUGUCUAAAUAUAGAAACAUUACUGGAAAGGUCUUCCUCUGAGUCAGAUAUGUUUACAAGGGGAGAUAAACCAGAAGUCAUUCUGUUACCACGGUUACCAAGGUCAAAAAGUGCAGACCAUCUGGUUAUUGAUGAAAUGGCUGUUGAAGAGCAACUGCAAGCUAUGCUGAAGCACAGCAUGUUGCAACAGAUAUCUAAGGACGUUGAGAGUGCCGAUAAAGAUGGUGACACGUUCUCAAGUUUCGUAGAGCUGCUGGUACAGAGAGGACACGUUCUCGACUCUCCCUCUCCUCUCAAGGAGGUGAAAAACAUAGGAUUGGAGACACCAACUGCACUCAACAAAAUGACUGUUUCAAACUUCUCCUCAAAGGGGCAAAACUCUAGCCCAAACUCUUUCGUCUCUGAGGAGAGACCUGAAACAGAAUUACCUCCCAUUUGGGAAGAUCAGAAGAAAUUCAACAGUCAGUUUUACAGCCUCUGCAACACAGGAUCGAGCAGAAGUAUUUCUGAAAAGAGCGAGAAUCCAAACAUCGAAAACCUAGGAAAUGGUUCUAAGAACAAUGAAAAUAAAAAUAUAAUUCACACGUGCCAGCAGGGUGAUAAAAAUUGUAAAAAGUGCGAAGAAGAAAGAAAUGUGAACGAAUUCGACAACAUUUCUAGACAGAUCGAAAGUCUUUCAAAAACUGUUAAUCAGUUGCAUAGAAGUUUAUCUAGUCUGAACAGUGAGAAUUCUGACAGUGGGUCAGAAUCAAAUGAAGGUGAUGUUGGUUUAUCUAGUGCAAUCGGAAAUAAGGACAUAGACGGUUACCAGUGGGUAGAGGAUGAAUUUUUUCUGUCACCAUACGGAGGUGAAAUAAUACUGGGCAGUUCGCCUUUUUCUAAAACUGGAGCAUCCUGUGAUUGGAUUAAUGAUUAUUCUGAAAAUGUUGAACAAAUAGAGGAAAUUGGUGGGGAAGAAGCUCUGCUAGAUGAACCCGAUAUAGAUAUACAACUCAGUUUCGAUAAGAACUCGGCCAAAAAUAAAAGGAAUUCUAUGCAAAAGUCGAUUAUUGCAGAUUCACUUGACGAGGAAGGAAAUUUUGACAGCCAUCAUUUUAUAUCGCAGCGUCUGCAGCAAGAAGAGGAACGACGAAAAGGGAGAACGCAGGACAGUACGAAUUCGGGUAUGAAUAUUACAAUGCCUGAGUUGAUGAAACUGGAGUCAACCAUGAAUGAAGUACUAAGGUCAAGGCCACUACUGAAGGAAGAUUUGAGGAUGACGCCCGAAAAAGACACUGAUGAUACAGAAAAGCAUUAUGACAAGAAGCAGACGGACAUGUUUGAGAAGAUGAUGUUAUACGGAGGCAGCCAGGAUAGUCUAGAUGACAACAUUGGCGUGGAUAAUGUCAUGUGUCACAGAUUGCUCGGUGGCAAAGGUCAAAAUGUUGUGAAUAAAACAAAUCAAACUGUAAGACCUCCCCUGGAGUUUAGCAACAGUCAGUUUGUUAGGUAUGAUGACCCUGAAAUCCAGGCAAUGGCUGCCUUUGACUUUCUGAAUGAGAUGACAUCAUCACACACUUCUGACCAAUCAAAUGAGCAGAAACCAUCACAUGAUCAACUCUUCAGAAGGGAGGAGAGAAGAUAUGUUUCCUAUGGUUACCAGAAUCAAAUGAACCAAUCAACAACCUCAAAUGAAUCUAGAAUCUCCCCAGUGAAGAGGCCAAGAAGAAAAUUACGCCAAAGGGUCAGAAAAGAUCCCAAAGUUGACAAUUAUAAUCACGGUUACAUAAAAACACGUAAAUUUUCGUCCACGUCUGCAGAUGAAUCUAAUGAUGAAGAUAUUUCACUGAGUGACAGCUUUUGUGACAGUUGCUCAUCUGAUGAAGGUGUAAACGAUAAUGGAAAGCAACUUCAAAGGCCGAGUAAAAAAAUGACCUAUUUAUAAUACAGUCCUUCCUUUUGAUGUAAAAUUACUCCAUUUUAUAAAUCUGUCUAUUGAAAAUAAAAGAGUUGUAUCAUUGUACAGUAUGCAGACUAAAGUCCAAAGCUUGAUAUAAAAAAAUAUGUGAAAUAAAAUCUGACAAUUUGAAAAGUGAAAGUUUAUGAAAAAAAAAGAAUCUUAUCUAGGCCAUUUUAUGAAAUGAAUGUGGAGCUGAAUCUGACAUUUUGAAAGGUGAUGGUUGUGAAAAAGAAUAGAAAUUAAUCAAGGCCAUUUUUUGAACAAUGAAUUUGAGGGAGUCAGUUUAAAAUACCUGCAGGAAUAUGUUUGAAAGUAGGGCAGGAAUUGUCUGUAUAUUUUUGUUACAGUUUGAGUUAGUGAUUUUGUUAACUUAUUUAUUUGAUUUAUUUAUUUGUCUACACAUAAAUUUUACAGAAAAUUCUGAUCUUUCCCAAAAGGGAAAAGUGUUAUGAGCAGUAAUAAGACGUAAGCUUUAUACUGUUGAGUAAUUCAUGUUGUAUAAAAGUAGUCCCAUACUUAUGGUCAUCACUUCUAUAUUUCAGACAUAUACUGCUUAAUUUCUAUAAUGAACUUAUCCAUCUUACAAUUUGGACAGUAUCAUUAACUAUUAAAAGGGGUGUUUUCCAAAAAGAAACUGACAGAAUAGCGAACAGUGCAGAUCUUGAUCAGACUGCAUAGAUACACAGGCUGAUCAAGAUCUAUACUGAUCGCAAAUUACCAGCAUGCUAAGAGUAAAGAUUUCAUAUACAUUUUGUAUAUAUACAUAUUUUUGGCUUAAAUGAUGUAAACAUAUACAUGUAUUUUAUAGCAAUCUAUGCAAAUAAAAUGUACACAUACAUUACAUUACAACUAACAUAAUAAUCAGGGGAUAGCAUACAUUGCUUUUAGAGUUACAUGACAUUAUGAAAAAUAACGCUUUUUGUAACAUUUUUUGUAACAUUUUAUACAUUUUUGGUAUAAAUGACAUUUUAAUAAAUUUUUAUCCUCUUUCAUAACAGUGUAUAUUCUCAUUCCAAAAAUGCCAAGAAAAAUGCUCUUUAUCUUUAAAGGGACUAACCCGCACAUUUUAGGUGAAAAAUAAUUUCUGUCAAAUAUCCAUUAAAAGUGAGAACUCUGAAAGUGACUAGUGGUACAAACUUACUGACAUAAGAUUUUUGUAUGAUAUUCUUAUAAAUAACCUAAAAUAUUGCGCAGACGGUAGUAAACCGUUGCAAUGAUGUUGUAAAAAUGCAGAAAAUUUACAUUCUUUUGGCAUUUUUACCAAUAUCUAACUUUUAUUUCACUCACUUUAUCAUUUUUUAGUGUCAUAUAUACUUUCUAUGCCAAAUUUGGUGGAAAUGAAUAUGUUGAGAAAUUUCACCGAAACUGUGGGCAAGUAGCUUUAAAGAUAAUUAUUUCUAGUAAAUGUGUAUAUACAUGUAUGAUAUUUCCAAAGGGAUCUUGGUUUCAAGUAUUGGUGGAAAAACUGUUUAAUUUUAACUAGGCCUUCUUCCUUUGAUUAGUUUUUUGUCAUUUGAGCUGCACCCUGAGAAAACCAACAUAUAGUGCCUUUGCGACCAACAUUGAUCCAGACCAGCCUGCGCAUCCGCACAGUCUGGUCAGAAUCCAUGAUGUUCGCUAACAGUUUAUCUAAUUGCAAUAGGCUUUGAAAGGGAACAGCAUGGAUCCUGACCAGACUGCAUGGAUGCGCAGGCUGGUCUUGAUCCAUGCUGGUUGCAAACGCACUAUGUUGGUUUUCUCAUGGCGUGGCUCAUUUAUAGAUAAAAUGAUGAUAUCAUAAUGUAGAUUAUUCAUUUAUUACUGCUGGUACAAUUUAACCUUUCACAAUACAUGACUUCCAGUGUCAAUUGAUCAUUUUAUGUAACAGGGUAAUUUUAUAAUUCAUUGAAUCAGCAAUUUUGUUUUAUAAACAAUGAACACAUCUGUAUGUUGAAUCACGUAAUAUGCCAGUUUUAUAAUCAUUUUUAAUACCUCAUUUUAAUGUGCCAUUUGUUAACAUUUAUUAAGAUAUCGUAAAGGUUAGAAAAGUGCAUAAAGCAAUAAAAGGUACCGACUGUGUAACCGGUAUUAAAAUGUAGAUUUCGGAACCAAAGACAAAAUCCCUUAUGACAAAAUCUCACCUGCUCAGUUGAAUUUGCGCUAAUAGAGACAGCUGUGGUAGGGAUGGGGUGGAGGUACCUUUAAAAAAAAAUUGCAAAGGCCAUUUUGUCUAAAAUAGGUUUUUGUAUAUUAAUUUCAUUUUAACAAGGAUACAUAAAUAAUUAAUUUUAUGUAAAUGUGCAUUAUUUUUAUGAAAAAAAUAUCAUUUUUACUUGCGACUUUUUAUACUUUUUAACACCUUUUAAAUUAAAACUUUAACACGAGAGUAUCAGGAAAUUGCAUAAGCAGAGUGUCACGGAAUGAACUUGGUCAAGUUAGGGGAGAAUAUGUCAGGCAGCUGGUUAGCUCGGUUGGAAGAGCACUGGCCCUGUAAGCGAGAGGUCCUAGGUUUGGGCCCUAGACUGACAGCACAUUUUUAUCACCCUGUAACAAGAGACAGUUAUAGUUGAACUUGCCCAAGCAGACACCUGUAUUAAGCAACGAGGUAACUAAUGUCCCAAAUGGACAUUCUGUUCUAAUUUCAGUUUUGUCUUGAGCAGUGACUUACUGGUACCUUCAGCAACCAGAUACUGUAAAAGCACUAUUUUUGCUGGGUCAGAGUUUUGCACAUUUGAUAUUUUGAGUAUGGCUACAAGGUUUAAUAUUCGUGAAAUUGUAAAAAUGGUAUCAUACUUGAUUUUUUUGGGGGGGUUUACGGCGCACCAACACAUUAUAGAUUAUAUGGCGCCAAACAGGACUACAAAUUUUAGUUCCACAUCUCAUUUACAUCAAAAUAAAAACAUGACUUGAAUUCGAAUUAUUCUAAUGGUGAAUAUUUAUGGGAUGAUUAAUUUUCGCGAGAUGUAAAAAUUAGGCCUCGCUAAUAUAGCGAAAAUUAAACCAAGGUGAAUAUUUCCUCCUUUUACAGUAGUCUGGCUGCCUGGCCUGGUGGCUUAAAACCGGCUUGUCAGUAAAGACAAUAAAGUUAAUUUUUAGAUCUUUUAUACUUUUUGUCUACAGUUUUAUACUACGUUAUUUUAAAAGACAAAGGGUAAGCAUGUUUUAUCGUGUUGAAGAUUUAAAUGUAAACAGGAAUUCUAUUCUGGUUUGAUAUUAAUUAGAAUUACAUGUGUAAUGAACAGAAUAUUAUCUGUAACUUUAUAUACAUGUGUAAUGUAAAGUCCUUGAUGUAGGAAAAGUGGAAAUAAUUUUGCACUUUAUAAAUUGUGAUAUGAAAUAAUGUAGAUUGAAUAGUAUUUAUUACUCAUGUCCUCAUGUAUUAUAAUAAAAUGAACAAAAUUA